ACUUCUCUCUCACUACCACCGCCUGUCGCUCUCCUCGCUUCAUUUCACUGCCUUUUAUCUGACAUCUCACCGCUCUCUAUCCGUUUCCAUUAUGCCUCUUCUUCAUUGAUCUCUCUCGCCUCCACAUUUCUCCUGCGACUCUACUGAACUGAGAAUAGCGAUCGGGGCUUUGUUGAUUAUGGACGGCGGUCAGGAAAUCGUCGCUAUGCCCGUCGGGAACUCCCCCCCGCCAUUCCUCAGCAAGACGUACGAUAUGGUGGAGGAUCCGUCCACGGACGCCGUCGUGUCCUGGACCGAGACCAAUAACAGCUUCGUUGUGUGGAACGUCCCCGAGUUCGCCAAAGUCAUCUUGCCCAAGUACUUCAAGCACAACAAUUUCUCCAGUUUCGUCAGACAAUUGAACACUUAUGGGUUCAGGAAAGUCCACCCUGAUCGCUGGGAAUUUGCUAAUGAGGGCUUUCUAAGAGGCAGUAAACACCUCUUAAAGAGUAUAACCCGUAGAAAGCACAUUCAGGCUCAUCAUCAUCAACCGCCACCACCAACAACCCCUCCUCAAGUCCACCAAGCUGAUCCGGUCAGGUCAUGUGUAGAAGUCGGGAAGCCCGGGCUGGAGGAAGAAGUUGACAGGCUCAAAAGAGAUAAGAAUGUACUCAUGCAGGAACUCGUCAAAUUGAGACAACAGCAACAGGCAACUGACAACCAAUUGCAGAAUGUUGGGCAGAAGGUUCAUCUGAUGGAACAGCGACAACAGCAGAUGAUGUCAUUUCUCGCUAAGGCUAUGCAAAGCCCAGGUUUUGUAGCCCAGAUGGUUCAUCAACAGGGUGACAGUUUGCUCAUUUCUGGAGUUAAUAAGAAAAGGAGACUUCCAAACCAGGGAGAAGAAAGUUUUAAUGUUAAGCCUGUUUCCACAUUGCCUGAUGGACAAAUUGUUAGGUUUCAGCCUUUGAUGAACGAAGCAGCAAAAUCACUAUUAAGGCAAAUCUUGAAAUUAAACUCAUCUACUAGGCUGGAACCGAAAUUUAAUGGUACUAGUGGUUUCUUGACUGAUAACAGCAUUAAUACGACAAAUCAAAUUUCUGGGGUUAGUCUGUCUGAGGUACCACUAGCAACAACUAAUAUUCCCUCAACUCCUGAUUUGGCUUCGGAAGUUACUCAAGUCCCGGAGAUGAACACAAUGGCAGGUUUUGCUAUUGAUAACAACAUGGAACCAGUCGUGAACAACAUGGAACCAGUCGUGAACAACAUGGAACCAGUCGUUAACAACAUGGAACCAGUCGUAAACAAUAUGGAUCCAGUCGUGUCAGAUGGGUUUUCUUCUGACCCCGACAUUGAUGUUUUGAUUGAUGAGAUGCCAAAGCUUCCUGGGAUUAAUGAUGUCUUCUGGGAUCACAUUCUUUCUGCAAGCCCUUUGGCCGGAGACACCGAUGAUAUUAACUCCAUUUUGUUGGAGUGUGAUGGUGGAGUGGAAGAAGAUGAUGAUAUGACAGCAGGAGAAGUUGAAUGGGACAGAGUAAAUAAUGUGAAUCAUCUUACUGAGCAGCUCGGCCUUCUUGCUUCCGGAUCACCUAACGCUGUGUAAUUUUAUUGUACAUAUUUUCCUAUGGUAAAAUUUCAGCUACGGCUUUUCAGGUGGAGUUAUCUAUGUGAUGGGCAGCUGCAUUAUCAAGAACUGUUAUUUAGUUUUUCGGUUUUUGCCUAAUUUUGCUUGUAUGCUAUUGCAUUUUGGUGCUUUUAUGGAAAUUCUUCGUAUAGUGUAUUACAAAGAUAUGCAUUUCAUGCCUAACUCGAUCUUGUGAAAGAGCACUAGUUGUAGCUGGUUUUUUUAGUAGCUGAUUUUUUAGUAGUAGCUGAUAUACCUCGGCAUAAAUUGGCAUAGAAGUUUGCG